UGGACAGCACGGGCCCUGUGGCCGACGUAUUCACCACGAUGCCGGCACAGACGACCACGACGAUUACGUCGGUUGCAGGCUUGAGAAGUCUGUUGGAAUGCCCGGUGUGCGGAGACUACGCGGAACCGCCCAUCCUGCAGUGCCACAACGGCCAUCACCUGUGCACGCGCUGCCGUCAAAGGGUGGCCCGUUGCCCAGUCUGCCGCGCGGCGAAAGACACGAAUAGGAACCUGGCCUUAGACCACCUGGCGGAGAUGAAUCUCUUCCAUUGCAAGUACCACUCCCUGGGUUGCUCAGCCUCUCUCACGAUAGCAGCCAAGCAGAAGCACGAUAUGUCGUGCGAAUACGGGCCGUGUUCCUGUGUGCUGGGAGCGGAGCACUGCAGUUGGAGAGGACGGCCAGAAAAGCUCGUCGACCACAUUCUUGGCACGCACGGCUUCAUUACAAGAUUGGAAGGAGAGAGCGUGUGCGUCACGGCAACAAGCUUCGACUUCGUGCAGAACUUCACCUGGUACUCGAUUCAGACGUGCCACAACCGAGACUUCCUCGUGAUGCUCAAGAAGACCAGCGAAAGUCCCUCCUGCAAGCACUUCUUCGGUGUUGUUCUGCUUGUGGGGUCGAGCAAGGAGGCGCGGCAUUUUCUUUACCGGCUGCAGUUUUGUGGACCCGAUCACCGCCUUACCUGGGAGGCCAGGAUGAAAGGCAUUCACACACUGGCCGAGAGUGUCCAGAGCGGAGACGGGCUGAUCUUUAUGCUGAGCACGGCCCGGCGCCUCUGCAAUGGCGGCGAUCUCAAAAUGAAUGUCACCAUCAGUUCCACCAUAUAG